UAGGACAGGCAGAGAGCGAGAGAGAGCUACAGAGAGGUACUGAGGUGGAGAGGAAUAGCUGCGGAGAAAAAGUGGGGAGGGGACUCCAUAGAUCUAAUAUAGUCCAGAAAAUUAUAGAAACAGGUUUAACAUAAACGUUACGGUCACUGACAAGCCCCUAGGUUUCUGGCUGAGAGGAUUUUUACAGUGUUAACUCUGCAAAGGGAUAUAAAAAUGUCGUCUCCGAGUCCGGGUAAAAGGCGAAUGGAUACCGACGUGGUGAAACUUAUUGAAAGUAAACAUGAAGUUACAAUCCUUGGAGGACUCAAUGAAUUUGUAGUGAAGUUUUAUGGACCACAAGGAACACCAUAUGAAGGAGGUGUGUGGAAAGUUCGAGUAGACCUGCCUGACAAAUAUCCUUUCAAAUCACCCUCAAUAGGCUUCAUGAAUAAAAUUUUCCACCCCAACAUUGAUGAAGCGUCAGGAACUGUUUGUCUAGAUGUAAUUAAUCAGACAUGGACAGCACUCUACGAUCUUACCAAUAUUUUUGAAUCGUUCCUGCCCCAGCUGCUUGCAUACCCUAAUCCAAUAGACCCUCUCAAUGGAGAUGCUGCUGCCAUGUACCUUCAUCGACCAGAAGAGUACAAACAGAAAAUAAAAGAAUACAUCCAGAAAUAUGCAACAGAGGAAGCCCUAAAAGAACAAGAGGAAGGUGCAGGGGACAGUUCUUCUGAGAGCUCAAUGUCUGAUUUUUCGGAAGAUGAGGCACAGGAUAUGGAAUUGUAGUAAACAGUGGCACCCCUAACAGACUAUAAUUUCCUAACCAUGAGCAGCAGACUAUAAUAUUCAUAUUUAAACAAGGCAAUUUUUUUUAUUACUAAACAAGGAUUUUUAUGGAUAUAGCGUUGGUGUAUCUCACCUUCUAGAUGUUCUUUAUAUCUUGGUCAUUUCUCAGCCCAAGGUCCAUAGCAUUCUCACAUUCCACUUUGGUAGCUGCAUAGCCUGAAUGCAUGUGAUCACUAAAUCUUUUUUGACUGAACUCUUUAGGACAAAAUGGAUGCUUCAGUAGACAAGCCAAGGGAUCAAGUCUCCCUUCUGUUUGACCAGCAAAGUGCAUCAAGAGAAAUUCAGAAUUUGUUACCAGUAGUUUCAUUAUGGCUACUGCUAUAUGAAGUCUUUUUUUCUUACCAUUUUAUAACUGAAGUUAAUUUAUCUAAUGAAAAUUGGAAAAUUAGUUGUUUUUUUCUUUCCCUGAAAUAUGCUGUUUCAUGCCUAACAGUUUGGAGCCUGUUAGCUUCACACACGCAAAAUCUUUUAUCUUUGCAGUUAUUUCUAUUAAAAUAUUUGCCUUGCAUUAAUCCAAGGUUAAGAAAAAUGUUGUCAUAAAUGUUGUUUAUUUUACACUUGGGUCUAGCAGACUUUAAAAACUUCUUCCUAUAAAGCCUUAGGUUUAAAAAAAUAUAUGCUUCUAAAAAUUAAAGGGCUAGCAACUGCCCAAACAAAAGUGUUCAAAACGAAAAUACAGUGUUGUGUCUGCCGAGGUGCAGAUUUCUUUGGUGAUUAUAGGUACCAGGCUUUGCUUCGUAACAUGUAGCCUAUUCUGCCCUUUUUUUUUAAUUUUUAAAUGUAUACACAUCUUAGUAAAGCCAGUGGUGUUCCUUAAACUGUUGCACACACUGACGUUUAAGCACUGUUUAAAGAUACUUAAAUAGAGGGCAAAUGCAAAUUGUUGCUCCUAUACACAUCGAGGUAAUUUACAUAGUCAAUAUUUUUAUAUACUGUUAACUAAGACUACGAACAUGUUUUCUCUGUUUCACUAGUCUCAGUCUGCUGAAGGUUUGAGGAGGGUGUGGGGUAGGGGGAGGAUCAUCUUUGGGCAGUAGCAAAAUUAAUGUCUUUCUUUUGUUCGUAGUAAAUGCAUAUAAACCUAAUGUCUUGUGUACCGUUACACUUGCAGGAGAGAGGCUCUUUGAGCCUUUGGUGUGCAAAACGUUGGACCAGUUGCAGUUACAGAAAUGGCCAUACCAAAGAUAUAUGACAAUUUAAUGAUCUAUGUAGAAAAAUUAAAAAGGUGUGCCCCCAAUUGCGUAUGCUUAUUUGUUUAUCACAAACAAUGUAAGGAAGAGUGUGUUCGUUUUUUUUUUUUUUUUUAAGUUUGUUUUUACUAUUUAUUAAUCUGCCCCAGACCUUGUUGGAUAGAGAAAAUGUAUAUAAUAAACUAGUGAAUACAUUAUCUGUUUGUUUAUCUAGUGUCCCUUGACUUUUUAUGUUGAUUAAAUAUGCAUAGAUAUCUCCAACUCACAUUUUAUCUUUUGAUAGUUUUUGUUCUUUUUGUUUGUUUUUUUUUGUUUUUUUUUUGAAGAUCAUUUCAAUGCUUGGAAAUCAGAUGGGUGUCUUCAUGGCCUUUUAAGCAACAGCCUUAGAUUUAUAUGUGGUUUUAAAGAUCAACUUAAAAGUAUUUAGUAAAACAAAUACUGCUCAUUGGCCAUGAGCCAUAAAAGAGCUGAGGGUAUUUGUGUUGAAUUAUGGGCAGUUGCUGAGAAAUGCAUUUUAAAAAUGAGGUCAGAAUUUUAAUUAUCUGGAUCAGUUAAGGCCACAAAGAGAGAAAAAGAAAAAAAAAAAAGUAGUAUUUUUUUUCCUUAAAUACCAUUGGUUCUAUAUAUACAUAUAUAAAUUACACACAUUGUAUGCACGCAUACAGUAUAGUGUGUGAUAUAUAAUAUAUACUAACUAUAUGUUUAUGCAUAUAUGUGUAGAAUAAACAGGUAAGAGAAGACAGAUGGUAGUUUGUUUUGCUUUUGCAUGUUUUUCCCCCCCAUAACCCUUUCCCCUCUUUGAUAUUAUCUAUUCUUAAUUGUGGCAUGACACAGAACUAAUGUCGUGUAAAGCUUGUCUACUGAAUUAACACUAUCUUGUGGCUUUACUGGAAAGAUAGUUAAGUUCUUACAAUGUAGUGGUCAACUUGAUUACUGUUACCUAGCAUGUGGUGUUCUGUAUGUUGGGGAGAAUCCUGCUGGUCUUUUUAACUUGCUGACCUUGUCAACCUGCCUAAUGUUAAUGCUUACUUUUGGUGUAUGGCACAUUUUGGGAUAGUUAAUAUACUGGUGGUGCUUUAAAAGAAAUGCUCCUUUUCUUUGGUAUGAUGAUAUUUUGAAGAGAUAAGUAUAUAUUCCAAAGAUGUAUCCACCCCUUUCAAUGUGCCCUGGAACUGCUACGGUUUAAAAUAAGUUUGUAGUAGUGGUAGCCAGUUCCCUCAUAAUUAAAUUUUAUCGUAUGUAUAGUUUAAGCAAUGAAUAUAACAUAAAGUGGCAAUGUCUAAAUGACUGGGCUUUUUUUUUAUCUUUUAAUGUUUAUAAUUAUUAAACAUGAUUUAUUCCCUCUCCGUAGUUCAUGCUAAAGAAUAUGCUCAUGUCUGUAUUUCUGCUUGUGGAUUACAUUUCAGCAGAAUGAAAAUUAAUUGAUAAAACAUGUCACCUUUAACUCGCUAUCUAAAUGUGUUUUUAACAUUUUUGAUAUGUGGUAUAUUUCAGAACAGUAUGCAAUAUGCUGUAAUUGCCAUUAAAAUUGGAUAUAUGCAAUAUAGUAUUCAAAAUGCACAGUCCUUCAGUGUGGGGGCUUAAUGAAGUUUUGAUCUGGUGACUUUACAAUGCAGAGUUUUCAUGUUUAGUCAUUGAGUGUUUUUUUUUUUUGCUUCAUCUGAUGUCUAAUAAAUUUCAAAACAAGACAAAAAAAGGAAACCAAGUUGAUAUGUGGCAUUAAGCCGUGUUAAUAUUUUUAGUUUUUGCUCUACACAGGACGGAGUAUUGCUAUGCUGGCAGAGGUGCCGUACUUCAUCCCACAGUGAUUAGUUACAAAAGCAGCUUUUCUGUUGGAAGCAGAAGCACAUCCAAUACUACAUCAGUACUCUGUUGGCUCAGCUCUGUUUUCCUAAACAGACUGAGAAGUAAAUACGUCUGCUGAUUUUUGCUUUCUUUUCUGGUCUUGUGGAAGAGGUUUCCCAAAUUAUUACUGGGGUUUGUGCUUCCCUGAAUCCAAUAAAAUUCAGUUAAGUCUUUUUCCAUUUUGUUCUUCUUACACCUCUGCUAUUGUAGUACCUAUUUGUUACCACUCUGUCCUUUUUACACUGUGACAUUAUUACCAAAAAACAGCCCCAGCUAUAAACUAGAGUCUUUAUAAAAAGCGGAGACACCACACAGCAGUAAAACUGCAUUUGUUCUCUGUGUCUUGGCCACAUUGUUAAUACACGUUUGCAUGUGGUAAGAGGGGCUGGGAUGUGACAGCUUUCAUUUUUCUUUCUUGCUUUGAAGUUUCUGUUGUGCUUUUUCAGAGUUAAGAUGACACUGUAGCAGAAGUGAAUACCGCAUGGGAAAUGGCCGUUAUUUUACUAGCAAAACUGUAUUUGGUACCUAGUGUGUAAUACUUGAAAAGUCAAAGGACGUUAAACCAGUCCUGUGUCUAGCUGAUUAUUCACCACCCCUUGGCCCUUCCUUUUUACCUUCUCCUUUGCAUUGUGAUUAUGUAGUGGGCAUGCUAGUCACAAAGACAAAUGCCUUCCAUUUAUAGGAUUAUAACCUCUUAAAUAGUUGUGUAUAAAUAAAAAAAACAAAAAAAC